UAGUCACUAAGAUAGUUCCAGUUGUAUCUAGUAGGUUGCAACAAGUCAUGGAUAUGAAUUGCUGCACAAAAUUAGUGAGAAAAAUAAGGAAAAAUAAAAGUGAGAAGGAAUUAACUGUACCUAAAUAGCACUAUAGCAUGAGGAGAAAUAUUACUAUAAAACCCACUUUUGUGGAGGCAUAACCAUGAAGACACCUCUAGAUCUAGACCAUUAGUUGAUUAAGCGACACAACUAUGAUGAUUAGAAAAGAAAAUUUUAAAUACUAUGCAGCUGUGAAGUUUUCUAUUGUCAAGCAAUGUCUCUUGAAUUGUAAAGAUGUUUAAGACUUAUGUUUAUUUGAUUGAUCUAGCCUAUGAGAUAACUAAAUUUUAUUCGAGAUCCAGUGAGACAUCCAUUCUUGAGGUGAUCUAAGGGGGACAACAUGUCUUAGAUUUAGAAAGAUGCGUUACCUAUUUACCUAGAAUGCUCUGAAAAUGGUUAUGGAGUGCAAUACCAUUACAACAGUAUAGAUAUACAUGUGCUAAAGUUAUAAAAACCAGGAUAAAAAAUCACACACGUAUGCACGCGAGCGCACAAAACACACAUACAUGUUACUAACUUACUAUAGAAAGCAAGGUUUAAAAGUUUCCGCAUCUGCUUAGGCGGAUCUAUAGUAUGCAUUUCAGAAGUUUCGACAUUUUCACAUCAAACAGAUGUAGGCAUCAGAAAUUUUGUCAGUGUGAUAGUUUCUGUGUUGAUUUCUCUCUACUUUUUUCAAGCACACCACUAUUAAAUAAAUUUUAUUGUCUCAAAACUGGCAUCUCCUCCUGUAAUGAACAAUAGCCAGUGUCAACCUAUAAUACUUGUUAUUAGCCUAUAUCGUCAGCAUCGAGUGGUAUGACUAGAAUAGAUCAGCAUGCUUAAAAUCUGUGAUACAACAAGGCAAAUACGUGCCAAUAUUGACUGAUACCUCAAACAUUGGGUAUGAGUGCGGUGUUACAAUGCCAGCACAACAAUACACCAAAUAUUAGAGAAUAUAUCGUUUUACAGCCUGGUAAAUCAGAAUAUACUUGCAGACUGGGCAUACAUUUUUAUGUAUGUCUUGAUGUUCACCAAACCUCAUGACCCAUAAAACAGUUCAGUAAGCACCAUAUUCUGAAUCGCAAGUGAUAGUUUUCAACUUACACGUACUGUUCCAUAACUAACCUAUGGUUGCUCCCUAUUAUGAAAGUUGGCAAAUCAUAUGAAUUUACAAGGUUGAUUGCAAAUUGAUUUGUUAAUCCAAUGAUUCGUGAAUUGAAUUGAAUUUAACUAUAUAAUAUUCAGUAUGUGUCUGUCAAAGUGUUCAUGCUUCACUAGAUGUGGCUGUCUACACAGAUUCCUCUAGUUGCUUUUCCGUCAGGCAUCUGUGUGCCGAGUCCGCGGCAUCUGUGUGCCGAAUCCACGGACGAUGAUACAAAAAUUUGGAAAUCUGGGGAAGACAGAGGAAUGCAUAUUAUGCUAUGCUCAUUAAUGUCAAUUAGAAUUGCCCUUCAUCAGCUAUAAGAAUACUCAUCUCCAUCAGCUUCUAGAUCAAAAUGCUCACCGUUCCAAGAGAACCUAACAAUUCUCUAGCCAUCGCGGGCUCAAACAAUCCCAUCCAACCGUUGGGCCUCAACGGCAAAACCCCACAGCGAACCUCCAGUCUCGAAUCCCCCAUCAUGCUCCUCACUGGCCACCAGAGCGCCGUCUACACCAUGAAGUUCAACCCAUCCGGAACUGUGAUUGCAUCUGGGUCCCAUGACAAAGACAUCUUCCUUUGGCAUGUCCAUGGCGACUGCAAGAACUUCGCUGUCCUCCGUGGCCACAAGAACGCUGUCCUCGACCUCCACUGGACUCCCGAUGGCACCCACAUAAUUUCUGCAAGCCCCGACAGAACGCUUCGAGCUUGGGAUGUUGAGUCUGGAGGCAAACAAAUCAAGAAGAUGGCCGAGCACUCAUCACACGUUAACUCCUGCUGCUCGUCUCGCCGGGGCCCACCGCUCGUCGGUAGCGGCUCUGAUGACGGCACUGCAAAGAUUUGGGAUUUGAGACUUCGCGGAGCGAUUCAGACUCUACCUGAUAAGUAUCAGAUAACUGCUGUAGAAUUCUCUGAUGCUGCUGAUAAAAUUUUCACUGGAGGGCUCGAUAAUGAUGUGAAGGUUUGGGAUCUUCGAAGGAUGAAUGAAGUGGUUAUGACUCUUCAAGGACAUGGAGAUAUGAUCACAGGGAUGCAGCUGAGCCCCGAUGGAUCUUAUCUGUUGACUAAUGGAAUGGAUUGCACGCUGAGGAUUUGGGAUAUGAGGCCAUAUGCUCCUCAAAACCGUUGUGUUAAGAUUUUUGCUGGUCACCAACAUAAUUUCGAGAAAAAUUUGCUGAAGUGUGCUUGGGCUCCUGAUGGAAGUAAGGUGACCGCUGGAAGCUCAGAUCGAAUGGUUUAUAUCUGGGAUACAACGUCGAGGAGGAUUUUGUAUAAGUUACCAGGGCAUAAUGGAUCGGUGAAUGAGACUGCUUUUCAUCCGAGCGAGCCUAUCAUUGGUUCUUGUAGCAGUGAUAAGCAGAUUUACCUUGGAGAGCUCUAGUUUUAAAGUUUCUAUUGUCACUUCCAGUUUGUUUGGUGAAAUUUGGGUGAAAAGUAUUAGUUUGUUGUAGUGUUUUCAGUGAAUACCGCUGUGGCUGAUUGAAACUUUGAGAAGAUUGACUAUUGGAGAAUGCGGUGUAUGAUUUCUAUUUUGAUGGAACCUUAGCUUAUAGAA